AUGAGCUACUACGGCAGCUACUAUGGAGGCCUGGGCUACGGCCUGGGAGGCUUCGGUGGUCUGGGAUACGGCUGUGGCCAUGGCAGCUUCAACAGACUGGGCUAUGGCUGCGGACACAGAGGCUACGGAUACGGCCCCUUCUUUGGAGGCUACAGAUAUGGCUGCUUCCGCCCAUCUUGCUAUGGAGGAUAUGGAUUCUCUGGCUUGUACUAA